AAAAAUAAUGUACAUUGUCUAGUGAUACAGUCACAAGAGCAUCAUCAGUCUAUUCCACGGCGAAGCCUUUUGCACUGAUGCCUGCUUUCGCAGCUCCUUUCAUAUUGUGCCUGUGCGUCAUGUCUCACAUGUUCGAGGGUAUAAGCAGCAUCCCAAAUAUUCCGAAAAACUCGGAGAGGCCUAGGACAGUGCCUGGAAAGUCAAGAAACGUUGGAGAGACCGGAAAGAUCCGAGGUGUUGGGGCCGAGGGCAACGUUACGAAGACAGCGUUUGUUGGUAAAAUUCAUUUCAUUUGUACAGACGUCUAUUCCGGAGGCCACCGGCUUGCAGAAGUUUUCAGGAACAGCGCUGGCGUUAUCCUGUCCUGCAACAUGGUCGGCGACAGUAAGCUGAUCAAACGAGUCCUUUCAUUCAUUCCUCUUUAUAUCAUGGAUCGUGUAAGCAAGAAUGAUAUGGACCAAGUAUUGCACCAGUGCUCAAGACGGCCUCAAAACUUCGAGGCCUCCUUUUUCGCUCAGCUCCUGGACAAGAAAUAUCAAGGAAUUGCAGCGUUUCCAGGAACCAAAUGGUGCGGUAGCGGUAACGUGGCGAGAAACAACGAAGACCUGGGGGAGGCCCGAGAUGCGGACAUGUGCUGCCGCGAACAUGACUUCGCCAUGGAUAGCAUACCACCCAACAAGUCGCGGCACGGAUUGGAAAACAAGCUUACCUAUACAAUGACGAGCUGCAAGUACGACAAAAAGUUUUUCAAGUGUCUCACAAAAGCGACGAGUCUUGCGGCUCUUUCUGUCGGCGUCAGCUUUUUCGACAUACUAAGAACUAAAUGCUACGCCUUUGAUCGACCAACAAAAUGCGCCGACAAAGAUAGUUUGCGAGCGAAACAACCGAAGAAUCUGUGCAGAAAGUUCAAGAAGGACAUAUCAAAGCCCAAGAGGUGGCGCGUUUACGACCCGCCCAACUUUUUCACGGCCUACUUUCAAGCGAAAGGAAAAGGCAAUAUUAUGAAUGAGUUAUGGACUUCUGAAUGACAAAGUAAAAGGAAAACAACAUUGUAAUUUAGAAAAAUAUGAAGCCUAUAGACGCGACAAUAUGUGGAAAUGUAUAAAACUGCGCCAAUUAUCACACCUGCAUUCUUUGUGAACACCUGUACUUGAACUGUAAGACGCAAAAGAACUGUAUUGCUGAUCCUUCUGACGUGUGGCGUUGGUUAUACAGUUUCGUUUUUCUUCAUUUCAUGAUGCGCGUUUCUGCCACUCAG